AUGGGCUCGGGGAGGACGUUGAAGUUCGCCCUGUGCGAGGUGCUGCAGUUUGCAGGCCUGUGCGUGCCACUUUUCAUCGUCAUGCAGAGAUUCGCUGUCCUCGUAGCAAAGGUUAAAACCUCAGCGCAGCCCCCUGGCGACGGCAGCACGGCCUACUGGUUGAUCGUGGCCUCCUCCGUCGCCUAUGUCACCUCCACCGCCCUGCUGAUCUGGGUACCCCUGAAGUAUAUGGUCUUCAUGAAGAAGAAGUCCCUCAUCGGGAGGAAGAAGUGGAGGCCUGUGGCCCUCGUAUAUGUGAUCCUGUCAACAUUACCCUGCUUUGCCUUCCUCAUCGCCAGCUCUGAGGUUCAGGUAAAUAACAACAUGAAAACUGAUACAUUCACGGAGCUCCCUGUAUCACUAGUCCUCUUCUUUCUCAUCUGUGUCGAUGUUGUGGAGAGGAUACGCCAAUGCAGACUGACGGGCCAGGCUAACAGGGAGAGAGAUGCUGACAUCCCCUCCACUCUCCUCUCACAUGUGGAACAGGUAACACCGGUAGCACCCAUUGCUCCAGCUGCCCCAGGGCCAGCUGUGCCCGGGCCAGCUGUGCCCACUCCUGUGCCACCGGGAGCAAGCCAGCCCAAUGACAGGAACCAGAACGGAGCAGGGGCUCGACCAGAGGCCAAUGGGACAGUACCAGGGGCACCAGGCAAUCCUGGGCGACUAUUUAGUGUCUCUAGAUUAAAUACACGAUCAUCGAGCGUCUCAACAUACAACAUAACUCUGCACGAGUACACCGGUCCACUGAGAUUCCUGUGUGCCAGCGACGCCCGAGCAGACGUGUUUGUGGACAGCUUUAUGUUCUGGAUGGAUACAGUGGAGAUGGUGAGGGUGGCAGGACAUCCCCCAGUCUACUACUCUGGCUGGGUGUAUCCUAUCUAUAUCUUCAGCUACCUGUCCUGCCUGCGUGUGGUGGUCAUGCCCCACAGCCCUUUGCUUUCAUCACUAGGAGUGAUCGUGCAGGACUUACCCUUCUUCUUUGUGCGCGUUGGCCUCAUAGCCUUAUUUGGCUUUGUCACGCCCAUCCUCUAUCUGAUGAAGAACCUGUUGGUCUGCCUGGCCUUUGUCUAUUUCAACUUCAUGACCAAGUUGAGGAUCUUUAACACAGAGAGGAUGGUCUUCAUUCACAGACAUCAGAACAUAGAGUAGGAGUAAUAGGUUGGCACAACCAGGAGGUGUAGGACGAUUCAGGAGGCAGUUGCACCAGCUCUUCGCAAGCUCAAACUUAUCUUUGUAAUAACUUAAAUUUACUAACUGCUAAUUCACUAAAUUUACAGUGAGAGUGGGUUAAUAAUGGUUGACACAUUUGACUAAAUAGCGUCACUUAUAUUACCAUAAUCAUAACAAUCCCCCCCACCCCCCAAAAAACUGUUAUUUUGGCAGUUAUGCUUUUGGUACAGUGACUUGGUUGAAUAGUUGAUUUGCCUUAAUACAAUAGUGCUACAGAUGUUUCUUAGCAGGGAUUUUAACAUUAAUAAUUUAACAUUAAUAAGUACUUUCUAACAUUAAAAGUUUUAUUGGUGCAACCCGAUUUAGUAAAUCACUUAUUUAGAAACACUUUAUGCAAGUCUAUGGUAAAACUUUAUGCACAAACUUAUUUGUGAUUUAGUGUACUAGUUAUAAAGUAAAUGGACUGUACUUAUAUACUGUAGCACCUUGCUAGUCUUCCACUACACAUUAAAUUCACCCAUUCAUACACCAAUGGCAACGUGCCAACUGCUCAUCUGAAGGAAGCUAACGCACCGAUUGCAGAGCCUUCAGGUGCAUGCGACAUCGACAUGCAGACUGGUGUAGUAGGGGAUUCAACCAACAAUCUGAAUAGUGAGCCGACAGCCGCCCAAGAUUCUUUCAGACUUGGAAGAAUAUGAAGCCAUCUUUUUACUGAGUCAAUGUUAAAACAUUUUUUUUAAAAAGCCCAUGAACACUACAGACAUUUAGAUCCCCAACA